CCUCUCUGUGCUGCCUCCGCGGCUUCAUAUAAUACCCCUCCCAUUCCCCCCUCCUCAAUCCUUUUGUUCUAUUCCUUUUUCAUUCACCAUCAACAUCAACAUCAACAUCAACAUCAACAUCAUCUUCCAUCUCCAAUCAUCAAUCAUCAUCUCUCUCUCCCUCGCCUCCCUUGGUCCUUCCAUCUCUUGUCUCAUUCUCUCUAUCUAGAUCAGACAAGACACUACUACCACCCAAGACUAUCACAUCCCCACUCUUCCUCUCUUGACUACUGUCACGCUCUUAUCUCGUUCAUCACAAUAAUCCAUCAUGGGUAAGAAGGCUAUCCAGUUCGGCGGUGGUAACAUCGGGCGUGGCUUCGUCGCCGAGUUCCUCCAUGAGGCCGGCUACGAGGUUGUCUUCGUCGAUGUUGUCGACGCCACCGUCAACGCCCUUCAGAACACAGAUUCCUACGAAGUCACUGAGGUCAGCGAGGAAGGCGAGAAGACCAAGACCAUUCGCAACUUCCGUGCCAUCAACUCCAAGACCCACGAGAGCGAUGUCAUCCAAGAGAUCGCCACUGCCGAUGUUGUCACCUGUGCCGUCGGCCCCAACAUCCUGAAGUUCAUUGCCCCGGUGAUUGCCAAGGGUAUUGAUGCACGCACCAUGGAGAAGCCGGUGGCUGUCAUUGCUUGCGAGAACGCCAUCGGUGCUACUGACACUCUCCACGGUUUCAUCAAACAACACACCGCCGAAGACCGUAUCGAGACUCUGUACAACCGUGCCCAGUUUGCUAACUCGGCCAUCGACCGCAUCGUCCCCAACCAGCCUCCCAACGCCGGCCUCAACGUCCGCAUCGAGAAGUUCUACGAAUGGGUGGUUGAGAAGACUCCCUUUGGUGAUGUGGGCCACCCCGAUAUUCCGGCCAUCCACUGGGUCGACCACCUCGAGCCCUACAUUGAACGCAAGCUAUUCACCGUCAACACUGGCCAUGCUACCACGGCCUACUUUGGUCACAUCCGCGGCAAGCGCAUGAUCGCCGAAGCAUUGGCUGAUCCCGAGAUUAAGGCGAUGGUGCACAAGGUUCUCGGGGAAACCGCCUCCCUCAUCACAAACAAGCAUGAGAUCUCCGAUGAGGAGCAGAAGGAGUACGUGGACAAGAUCAUCAACCGUAUCUCCAACCCCUACCUGGAGGACAACGUUGACCGCGUGGGACGUGCUCCCCUGCGCAAGCUCUCCCGCAAGGAGCGGUUCAUCGGACCUGCUGCCCAGCUUGCUGAGCGCGGCCAGAAGUACGAUGCCUUGAUGGACGCAGUCGAGAUGGCCCUGCGUUUCCAGAACGUGCCUGGUGACCAGGAGAGCGCCGAACUUGCGCAGAUCCUCAAGGAGCAGUCCCCUGAAUCCGCCACUAGCCACCUGACCAGCCUGGAGGAGAGCCACCCUCUGUACCCUGCGGUCCUCGAGCGGGUGCGCAAGGUGCAGGGAGUCAAGGUCUAAGGACUUGCUUCUUCAACGGCUGCCUCGCCGCAUCUGAGGUACUUUGUUAUGUUUUACGAUGUUCACGAAGAUCAUUGCCAGUUCAGCAAUUCCGAGUUGAUCACGGAUCUGGAAUCCGGAAGCAUGUACAACUGGUUCGGCCGCAGGACGGUCCAAAACCAUACGGGAUACGGCGAACAAAUGGUCGGCGCGAACGGAGCAUGGGAUACCAGCAUAGGUUUUUUUUUAAUUUCUCUUCGGAUUCUUCUAAGUACUUGCGAAGCACUGAGCAUUUCAUAUACAAUGCAUGAUUGAGCUAUGAACUAUUUCUGGUUAACUGUAGCUAGUAAAUCUAGUAAUCUAGUGAAUUGUACUUAAUAGUUUACAGCUUACUAUCCACCCACUUGGGGCUUCUCU